AUGCCUUUCCCUUUACUUACUACUAGUACUCUAUGUGGCUCCAUUCUAUGGCAAAAGAAGAAACAUUCGACCAUUACAUAUCAUCCAUUGACAUCAAAUACAUGUCAAAAUAUUCUUGCAUUAAGCACGAAGAAGGAAGCAAAAACGGAAAAGGCAGGUGUGAAGCUGCUUGUGGGUGCUAGUGUUUGCCUCGCGUAUGAAUUUGCAUUAGGUCAUUACCUUGAAUUCAUUAAAAUUAUGAAGCAGACAAAGCCACAGUUUUCAUACGUAUAUUUAACCAAGGAGAUCAUGCAUGCCAAAGGUCUUGUAGGUAUCUGGGACGGCUUUUUACCAUGGGGCGCUUUGCAAGGAGUAGCCAAGGGAUCUGUUUUUGCUUGGGGUCACUCUAUCGCACGUACUGCACUUACUCCCAUGGUCAUGAAUGACAAGAUUAGUAAAGGCACGUCGGAGGUUAUUGCAGGUGGCAUUGGUGGUGGGUUCCAGGGUUUCGUGCUCAGCCCCACACUGUUGCUCAAAACACGCGUAAUGACUGACCCCAUUUUCCGUAAGCACAUGACGCCACUUGAAACAAUGUCGCGCUCCAUGCGCAUCGGUAUUAAGGUCAUUCAAAAGGAAGGCGUAGCUGCGCUCAUGAAAGGAUCAGGCAUGUUCUCGCUCAAGCGUGUGGCUGACUGGUCCACGCGCUUCUUCUUCUCGGUGCAGGCCGAGAAUGUUGUGUACAAGCGUGGUAAUCCCGAGCGCGUACUAACAACAAGCGAGCAGGUUCUUUCGUCACUUUUGGGUGGUGUGGUUAGCGCCGCGGUGACGCUGCCAAUGGAUGUGCUGGUGGCGCAGAUCCAACAGGCGUCCAAGGCCGGUGAAAAGGUGUCGGUGGUGGAACUAUUUCGGCAGCAAUACCGUGCUGGUGGUAUCAACAAAGUGCUGGCGUUCGGCACGACGGGUUUCGUGGCGCGGUUCAUUCACGCCAGUUUCACAACAAUGAUCAUGAAAACGGCUACUACCGUGGUAUACGAUAUGGUCGAGGGUCGAAACUAG